AUGAACGCUGACCUUGAAAAGAAUAGCAUCUACGAAGUAUCUAAGGAAUACCCUGAUGAUUCUUCUUCUGCUGAUAAAUCCAAUGGCUCUGUUGAAGAGGCCCCUACUACCAUUAUGGGCAAGUUCAACAAGUUUAUGAACUCCAUGAAUGCUGAGACAAGAGGCAUUGAGCGCAUUCCGGAAGAGGAGCAAACUGACACUUCCAUGUGGAACACUGCCAGUAUGUUUUUCGGAUGUAAUAUGGUCAUCGCCACUGUAUCAAUUGGAUGUCUUGGCAUUACAGUUUUUGGUUUGGAUUUCUGGUCUGCUUUCCUCACUAUUGUCUUUUUCAACUUUUUGGGAACCCUUUCUGUCGCCUUCUUCUCCACUUUUGGCCCUUAUUUUGGUCUUCGUCAAAUGGUUCUUACUCGCUUUUGGUUUGGUGCUUAUACUGUCAAAAUCCCCGCUUUUAUCAACUUGGUUUCUUGUGUUGGUUGGACCGCUGUUAAUACUAUUGUUUCUGCUCAACUUCUCCACACUGUCAAUAAUGGUUCACUUCCUCCUUGGGCCGGUGUUUUGAUCAUUUCUUUAAUCACCUUUGUUGUCACUUUCUUCGGAUAUCACGUUGUUCACCAGUUUGAGAAGUACUCCUGGAUUCCCAACGUCACUAUCUUCCUCAUUAUGGCUAUUCGUUUGGGCAUGUCUAAGCAAUUCACUUAUGGCACUAUGGUCGGUGGCAGAACCACCGCUGGCAAUGUUCUCUCUUUUGGAGCUACUGUUUACGGCUUUGCCACAGGUUGGACUGCUAUUGCUUCCGAUUACACAGCCUACAAGCCCAAAUCCACUUCUCGUUUGAAGAUCUUCUUUUCAGUUUAUGGUGGUCUCAAUUUCCCUCUUAUGGUCGCCAUGAUUCUUGGUGCUGCUAUGGCUACUGGUACCAUUAAAAAUACUGAAUGGGCUCAAGCUUACGAAGAUAACAGCAUUGGUGGUCUUUUUUACAUGGUUCUUGUCCAGGAUUCUCUUCACGGCUUUGGUCAAUUCUGCCUUGUUCUCCUGGCCCUUUCCACUGUCUCCAACAACACCCCUAAUCUUUAUUCUCUUGGUCUUACUGCUCAAACUUUUUGGGAAAAGUUUAGAAAGAUCCCCCGUGGUGUUUGGACUUUGAUUGGUACUGGUGUCUCUAUUGCUAUUUCCAUCCCUGCCUACUACAUCUUCGAUAGUGUUAUCAGCAACUUCAUGAACCUUAUUGGCUACUGGUUGGCUAUUUACACUGCUAUUUCAGCUUCUGAGCACUUCUUCUUCAAAAAGGGAUUCAAGGGCUACAACCCAGAAGACUUUGACAAUGCUAAAAAGCUUCCUCCUGGUAUUGCUGCUGGUAUUGCCUUUGCUUUUGGUGCCGCUGGUACUGCAGUCGGUAUGGCUCAAGUUUGGUGGACUGGACCUCUUGCUAAGCCCAUUGGCACGUACGGCGGUGACAUUGGCUUUGAGCUUGCCUUUGGCUUUGCAUUUGUUGUUUACAAUUGCUUGAGACCUUUUGAGCUCAAAUACUUUGGCCGAUAA